AUGUUAGCCGUGCACCACAUGACCCCGGUGGAAGUUAGCCAAAUCUCCAACCUGCACACGCUUAUCCUGGAAAUAAAUAGCGAAGUGGCGCUGUUUCGGGACCUGCUCAUCCACGUCGGCCAGUCACGAGACUGUCCCGAGCUGCGGGAGAAAAUUCGAAAACUGCGCCGAUCGUGCGUCGAGGCCUGCAAGCACACCGCCGCACUAAUACUGCCGCAAAUUCGAACGGCCAUCGCGGAAGGCAUCCUCACCGAUAACCCCCAUCUGGUGCUGCUGUUCUAUCUUGCUCAACUGUUUCUUAGAGAAUUAAUCAAAAGCCAUCGACUGGUGCAGGUCAUACCGAUGGACAUGUCCGGCUACUACGAGAACCGGGCCGGACCGUCGAAUCUGGGCAACGUGAUAAGUCAGAUACUGCUCUGCAAGCAGAUAACACCCGACUUCAACCAGGAGGAGCUGUGCAGCAUCACGAAGGACUCGCAGGAGAUUGCUCGGAUACUGCAGGAACUGCAGGAGUUCAUGCCCCAGCAGGAGACAUACCUGGAGAAAACAAUCGCCCUAACGAACGAAAUCAACGGACCCUGGCCAGCGAAACGGCGCCGUGGGUCGCUGUACAAAAACAUGGGCCUCCUGUGCUGCGUUUCGCGUCCGAACUACCUAUGA